AUGAAUUUAUGGGAUUCAUUNGGUCAAAUACCUAAUUCCAUCUUCAAUCUCUCCAUGUUACGGCUACUUUCUUUUGCCAAGAAUAGUAUAUAUGGCAAUCUUCCAUUGUCAAUUGCCGAUGGGCUUCCUGAUCUCGAAAUUCUCUAUCUUGGUGGCAAUCGAUUGACUGGAGAGAUUCUUGCCUCUAUUUCAAAUUUUUCUAAGCUUAUUAAAUUGGAUAUUAGUGAAAACUCCUUUAGUGGACGAGUACCCAUGAAUCUUGGGAAUUUACAGAGCAUACAGGUUCUAUGUUUUGAUGGAAAUCAGUUGACAAAUGAUUUGGAUUUUCUUAUUUCAUUGAAAAAAUGUAGAAAAUUGAAGAUCAUACAAUUGGGAAACAAUUAUUUUGAUGGAAUAUUACCAAAAACCGUGGGUAAUUUGUCAGCAUCUGUUGAAACUUUUUUUGCCAGUCGGUGUGGUAUUAAAGGUAUCAUUCCCAACGAAAUUGGUAAUUUGAGCAACUUGAUCCAGUUAGACAUUGGAGACAAUGAAUUGACAGGAAGAAUUCCUGACACAUUUGGUCAAUUAAGAAAAUUGCAAGAACUGAGUCUAGGUGAAAAUAAACUACAGGGACCAUUGCCUACCAGCCUUUGCAAUGUGGAAAAUCUGUAUUAUGUAUCUUUGGAGUCAAAUCGGCUUUCUCAACAGAUACCAACUUGUUUAGGAAAUCUGACCUCUUUACGAGAAAUUUAUUUAACUUCCAACUCAUUGACUUCCACUAUCCCAUCCACAAUGUGGACUAACAAGGAAAUUCAGAUUUUGAGUUUAGCUAAUAAUUUGCUGAAUGGGUCGCUGGCUCCAGAAAUUGGAAAUGUGAAGAACAUGCGAGAGUUAAAUCUAUCAGGAAAUCAAUUCUCAGGUAAUAUUCCUCACACAAUAGGACAACUUCAAAGUUUGGAAAAUCUAACAUUAUCAAACAAUCGAUUACAUGGUCCUAUACCUGAUUCGUUUGGUAAUCUGAUUUCAUUGAAAAUAUUGGAUUUAUCCAUGAACAAACUCGAUGGUGUAAUCCCCAAGUCAAUGGAGAAACUUGAGGACCUUGAGUAUUUCAAUGUUUCGUUCAAUGAACUGAUAGGGGAAAUUCCUAAUGGAGGGCAUUUUAAGAACUUUACCUCUGAUUUUUUCAUUGGCAAUGGAGAAUUGUGUGGAGCAUCUCAAUUUAAGGGAAUGGCUGAUCGCAUCAGGAAUGAGAAGCGCUUCACGAGAAAGCCUUGA